AUGUCGAUUUCUCAAACACCGUCUGAUUAUGAAGCAGGAAGGCCCCUCCUGGAUGGUGGUGCAGAGCCCGAAUACGGAGCUGCGUCCGAACCCGGGUCUACGCGACCGGCCGAGCGUCGCUCGUUUGCACGCAAUCUAGGAACCAUUGAAGCAUUCGGCAUCGUCAUCAGUAUUGUGAUCGGGAGUGGAGUUUUCACGUCGCCCGGUGCCAUCGAUACCAACGUACCAUCGCCAGGAGCUGCUCUCAUUGUAUGGCUGGUCGGCGGUAUUCUGGCUUGGACGGGAGCCAGUACCAUGGCGGAGCUGGGGACUGCAAUUCCAGGUGAAGGAGGGGUGCAGCCGUAUCUGCAAUACAUCUUUGGUGACGUCUUCGGAUUCCUGGCGGCAUGGACUUGGAUCGUGGCCGUGAUGCCUGCAACGCUCGCCAUUCUAAGCAUUGUUUUUGUGGAGAGUAUCUCCUCGGCAGCCGGUGUUACCGACCAGGCCGGUAGUAUCGGACAUAAGCUUUUGUCGAUUUUGGUGCUGGUCGCUGUCAGCGUAGCCAACUCGAUUAGUACCAAAGUUAGCACGCGGUUAAAUGGCUUCUUCGUCACCACCAAAUUUGUCGCGAUCACAGGCAUCGUGAUAGCCGGUAUUGUAGUGGUCAUCCUUCAGCUGUCGGGAAUUAAUCGCGAUGCUGGACCAAGGGAUUGGCAUACCAAACCGUGGUUCGGGUUCAGGGACACCGUAACCCCCGACGGAAGUCUGAUUGACUGGAGUCAAUUGCACAGCUGGGAGUUCCUGGGCCACUAUUCAGCGGCGCUGUAUGGCGCCCUGUGGGCUUAUUCUGGCUGGGAUAAGGCUAUUUAUGUGUCGGCGGAAUUGUCAGCGCCAGCCCGUCAACUCCCCUUGGCCAUCAAUACCGCAGUUCCGAUCAUCAUAUUUUGUUUCAUCACGGCAAAUGCAGCAUACUACAUCCUUCUCCCAUGGAACGUGGUUUCAACAACCGAUAGCGUGGCCGUGACUGCCAUCACCCUUCUCCUUGGUCGUGGAUUUGGUAUUCUCGCUGCAAUUGUAAUCUGCCUGGUUGUUGCCGGAUCACUGCUAGGCAAUUCCUUCGUAGCCGGGCGCAUGGUUGUCGCAGCUGCAAAUCUGAACUGGCUUCCGCGGUUUCUAGGUUUCGUUGGGCAUGUCGGUAUCAAAUCGAACGAGUCAAACAACGCCGCCUUCGGCACAUCUACACCAGGCAGAUCCGAUGCACCAAUUAACGCUAUCAUCCUGUCCACCGGACUCCCGAUCCUUUACAUUCUGUUCGGCAACUUCCGAGCCUUGCUGACGUUCAACGGCCUCGGCGAGUAUUCCUUCUUCUUCCUGACCGUUCUAGGAGCGAUUGUUCUGCGUUUCAGGGAGCCAGAGCUUCGUCGUCCCUAUAAACCCUUGAUUUUGGUUCCGGGUGUUUUUGCCGUGGUUAGUGGGUUUGUUGUCGUGAGGGGGGCUGUUUUUGCGCCACUGCAGGCCAUCAUCCUGGCCGUGCUCUGGAUUCUUGGAUUUGGCUUCUACUUGGUGUCUAGACGAUGGAGGGAGCCUAGGGAUGCAUGA